CCCAGUGCUUGGCAAAUGCCCCAGGGUGGUGUCGAUGAGGGUGAAGAUCCUAGAAGUGCAGCAAUCGGAGAAUUAAGAGAAAAGACAGGAGUUAGUUCAGCAGAAGUUAUUGCAGAGGUACCUUAUUGGUUGACAUAUGACUUCCCACCUGAAGUCAGGGAAAAGCUUAAACAUCAGUGGGGAUCAGACUGGAAGGGUCAAGCACAGAAGUGGUUUCUUCUUAAAUUCACUGGGAAGGAUAAAGAAAUCAAUCUGUUGGGUGAUGGGACUGAGAAAGCUGAGUUUGGCGAGUGGUCAUGGAUAUCUCCAGAACAAAUAGUUGAGCUUGCAGUGGAUUUUAAUAAGCCUGUUUACAAGGAAGUUAUGACAGUUUUUGCUCCAUAUCUUUAG